AUGUUACUGAUAAAAUUAUUGCGACGACAGUCUGUUCUCUCUCUCUCUCUCUCUCUCUAUCUAUCUAUCUAUCUAUCUAUCUAUUUAUCUAUCUAUCUGUCUGUCUAUCUAUACCUAUAUAAUCUAUCUAUCUAUCUAUCUAUCUAUCUAUCUAUCUGUCUCUCUCUCUAUCUUCACUCUCUUCACAUCUAUCUAUCUAUCCCAGCCUUUUCAGAUCUAUCUAUCUAUCUAUCUAUCUAUCUAUCUAUCUAUCUAUCUCAACCUUUGCAGAUCUAUCUUAACCUGAAUCUAUCUAUCUAUCUAUCUAUCUAUCUAUCUAUCUAUCUAUCUAUCUAUCCCAGCCUUUACAGAAUUAUCUUAAUAUUGUUGUUACUGGAUUUUUCUCCUUUGCCAUCCUCUGUUUCUCCUUAUUUGUUUCUUUCUUUCUAUCACUUAUCCUCUCUCUCUCUCUCUCUCUCUUUCCCUUUUACACUCAUAUUGUCUCCUUUUCGUUCUCUUUUAUUCCUCUCUUUAACUCUUUUUCCUUCUCUUUUUUCUCCUAAGUUUUCGUCUCUUGCUCCCUCUCUUUCUUUCCGUUCUCAUCUCAUUCCCACGUUUUCUCACUCACUGUUUUUCCUUUCCUUUCUUCUCAUUCCCUCGCAGUCGUUUUUUUCUUCUUUUUUCUUUUCUCCCUUCCAAAAGUUCUUAUCUCCUCCUCCUCCUCCCCCUCCUUUCUCUUUUGUUAUCAAUCACUUUAUCUCUCUUUCCGCCUACUCUCUUUCUCUUUUCAUUUUUUUCUCCCCGCUUUCAAUCUCUAUUUGCUUUUCUCUCUCUUUCUCUCGCACUUACUAUCUCUACACCAGUCUCAUUCCCGCGCUUUCUCAAUUGUUUUCCUUUUCUCUUUUUUCUUUCUCCUUCCCUCGCUAUCGUCGUCGUCUUCUCCUUUCCCUUCCCUAUUCUAUAAAUUCCUUACUCUCUUUCUCUCUCUCAUUCUCUCCUCCUGGCUACUUAGAUACCCGCCACGCCUCUUUCCCAACGACUUUUUCAUAUACUUAUCUAAGUUAG